AUGCUAUCACGCUCGUCCGCAACUCGACGAAUCAACGAUUGCCGCACACGACCUACCUCUACGACAGGGCCAGCGAUUGCUUACGCUCACCUCUGUGUCCCACGCAUUCGAAGCUCGUUGUCGACCCCUACUCCUCGCGACGCUGGCCGUGCUCGAAUCGCAUCUCGACUUCUCCUGCUCGCUUCAACGACCGUCUCCGCGCACUUGCCGCUCGUCAUCGACGUCUCCUGCUCGCCUCGUCGACAGUCUCUACGACGAUAUUACCGCAACAAUUCCUCUCCACCGGUUCCUUGCGUUAUCGUCGCUCGCACCGGUGGUUUCCGCUACGAGCCUGCCGUGCCCGAGUCGCACUUCCGCUCUUCAUCGACGUCUCCUGCUCGCCUCGUUGACGUUCUUUGCGAGGACCUUACCACAACAAUGGAGCAAAAAUACGGCAUCAAGCGACUUGGCCCAGCCCAGUACAUCUUGGGGAUCCAGAUCAAACGACAGACUGACAAGUCCAUCAUCCUGUCGCAGGAGGCGUACGUCGCGAGCAUCCUCCGCAGGUUUGGCAUGUCAGACAGCAGCCCCGCCUCCACGCCCAUGGCCCCGAACCGCCAGCUCGAACAUUCGCUCGCGGAACCAUCCAAAACUGCUCGGACACGCUACAUGCAGGCCAUUGGAUGCCUCCUGUACGCCGCCACCGGUACUCGCCCGAACAUUUCCUACGCUGUUGGAUACCUUGCACGCUUCUCUGCCAGUCCCACACCCAAACACUGGACCGCCAACAAGACCGUCUUUUGGUACUUACGCGGAACUGCAUGUCUUGGCCUGCACUACAGCUCUGAGCAAGGCAAGUUCUCAGAUUUCACCGGUAACUCUGACGCAGACUGGGGAACCUGCACCACAUUGUCACGAUCAACCUGUUGA